AAGUCACAAUUUUACGAUAGAAUAGAAUACCGUGUAAGUUAAGACCACAUGCUAAGCAAAGGGAAAAAAAUAACUGAUACUCGAACGAAACUGUGUUGAACUUUAAGGAAUUAAUGAAUUGACAGGAAUAUCAUCAUGUUAGUACACAUGUGUGUUAUGGUUUCUUUCACUCUAAAAUGAUCAUAAAAUUAUUCAUAAGGAAAUAUGUUAUUGCUCGGUGUUGUCAGCGUAGCACGAAAUAAAAAUUUGAAAUGAAUAAGCUAAGCAGCAUACCACCAGACUUGGACCUGGAGGAUCCAAGAUUUAGGAUCAAACCAUAUCAACAAAUUGUUGCUUCUUGUACUGGUGCUGUUAUUACGUCAGUUUUUGUGACUCCUUUGGAUGUGGUCAAAAUUAGACUCCAAGCUCAACAGAAGGCUAUGCUUUCUAACAAAUGUUUUCUUUAUUGCAACGGUUUAAUGGAUCAUUUGUGUCCAUGUCCAAAUGGUAAAGGUCCAGUAUGGGUCAGAAGAAAUGGAAAAUUUAAUGGCACAGUGGAUGCGUUCUUGAAAAUUGGUAGAAAUGAAGGUAUUCUUUCAUUAUGGAGUGGUUUAAGUCCUACUCUUGUUCUAGCAGUACCUGCAACUAUAGCAUAUUUUGUUUCAUAUGAACAGAUAAAAUUAUAUAUUAAGGAUAAGUAUAGUAAGAGGUAUAGAAAUGCUACUGAAGUUACCAUGGAGCAGCCAUUCUGGAUUCCCAUGAUGGCUGGAGCUAUAGCGCGUAUUUGGGCUGCAACCUUAGUGAGCCCAUUAGAAUUAAUUAGAACAAAGAUGCAGUCUCAAAAAUUAAGUUAUGCUGAAAUUUUGCAAGCAUUGAAAACUGUUGUAAAAUAUAGCGGAGUCUCUGGUUUGUGGAUGGGAUUGGGUAGUACCCUUCUAAGAGAUGUACCUUUUAGUGCAAUUUACUGGCUACAUUAUGAAACUAUAAAGCAAAAAUUUCGUGGGGCACAACAGACUUUUACUUUUAAUCUUACAGCAGGUGCUAUAGCGGGAUCUAUAGCUGCAUUUUUAACAAUCCCAUUUGAUGUAGUAAAAACUCAUAAACAAAUAGAAAUGGGUGAGAAAGAAAUUUAUUCAGAUAAACCUGGACACAGUAGUGGAACUUGGAUUGUAAUUAGAAAAAUUUAUAGCCAAAACGGAGUGAGGGGACUAUUUACGGGAUUAACGCCGCGUAUAAUAAAAGUAGCGCCAGCGUGCGCGAUCAUGAUCGCGACGUUUGAACACGGGAAACGAUUUUUUCAAUUGUACAAUGCCAACCAAGUACUUCAACACGAAAAUGAUAUAUAACUUCUACAACACAAACGCCAGACUACAGAAUGACAU